GUACGAAGGUAAACUCAGCAGUGCUUUCACUUUUAGCGAUGUGUUUACAGACGACAGAAGACAAACAACACUGAGGCCUUGACUUAGCUUUAACUUUGAAGGGAUCAAGAAUGGAAGAUACAGAGAAAACCCAACUCGAGGAAAUGUUAAUGUGCACAGUGUGCCACGACAUCUUCAAGGAUCCUCGGCAGCUGCCCUGUGGCCACAGCAUGUGUAUGGGCUGUCUGGAAAACUUGAUGGAUCACUCCUCAGACCUUCCCUUCCGCUGCCCCGACUGUAGGUCUUUUUUUGGACAGAUUGUCGAGGUCCAGAAGAGCUACACGCUGGCUAACAUCGCAGAAAACUUCAGGGAGAACAGGAGGAGGAGGCAGGAGGAGCAGACAAAAGUUGUGUACUGCGACUGCUGCCCAGAGAAAAAAACCUUGGCUAUAAAAACGUGUCUGAAGUGUGAGGUGUCUAUGUGCAAAGAGCAUGUCAAGGACCACCAGGAGCUUCCAGUGUUCACGGGACACCCAGUGGUCAGGCCUCUGGGUGACCUCCAGGCGAGGAAAUGCCCACAGCAUGAAGAUGAGGUGCUGAGGUACUACUGCAACACGUCCAGGCGCUACAUUUGCAACAUGUGCGCCCUGGAGAGAAAGCAGCACAACCUCGCCAGUGAGGCCUCCACUGUCCUGCGGAGACAGCUGACUGAGUACAUGGACCAGCGCUUCACAGCGCUCAAGGAGCAAAUCACAGAAUCCACUGACUCCGUAAGAAAACUGAAAGAUGACAUCCAACGUGAGAAACUUAAAGUGAACCCUGCUGACUCGUGCCUCAACAGCGUCACAGUGGUGCUGCUCUGUAUGUGGUUCAUCGUUCUGUAUUAUGCCUAUAACUACUCUGUGGAAAAUCAGACACUAAGAGAAUCACUGGACAAGCAGCAGAACCGUGUGCAUCAUAUCUACUCCACCAUUGCAGAACUCUUGGUUGAGCAUCCAUUGAAGAGCUACACACCUCCAGAAACAGAAGAUAAAGGAUUUCUCAUGCUGGACGUGGACACUGUCAGUCCUUUCCUGGGAGUCUCUGCUGACUUCCAAACAGUGGAGAGAGUGAAAGGCAAGCUGGGUUAUCCCAACAGUAUCAAUCGCUUUGAUGAAGCUCCGCAGAUCCUCUCAGCCCGGUGCUUCUCCUCUGGUACCCACAUCUGGGAGGUGCAGGCUGAGGGGUACUGGGACAUCGCCGUGUCUUACAAGAGCAUCCAACGCAAGAGCAAGUACAACAGUGCCUUUGGAAACAAUCGAGAGUCCUGGAGCCUAACACACAACGGCAAUGGCAAGCUGUCUGCUUAUCAUAAUGGUGCGAAAACAGUUCUCCCUGGAACCCUGCAGAGCAGCCGAAUAGCAGUGAUGGUUAAUUUUGAGAAAGGCAACAUCACAUUCAGCGCUGUGGAGUCCACCAUCACCAAGCUGCAUGAGUUCAAGGCUAAACUGACUCAGCCAGUGUGUCUGGGUUUGGGGCUUUACCGUGUGGAUCCACCCAGCCGAGCCUCUAUUGUCAAAGCUUCCUGAUUCACAAUUCAGCUGCAGCUGCAUCCAGACUGCCUUAGGUCCAGUGGCUUUCUCUGAAAGCAGAGGAAUCUAAGAGAAAAGACCAAACUAAGUCAAAGCUAUAAGCUGAGCUGCCUCAGGUAUAUUUUUGUAUUGCAGAUUCUUUUAUGGUUUGUAUAUUAUGUUUACUUAACUGGUAUUUUCUUUGAUUGUAGAUGUUUAUUUCAACAUCAAUUUAAGUGUGCAAUAUACAGUAUUUUUAUACAAAGUGUUCAUAAGAGGGAAAUCAAUAUGGGGCUAUGAUUGCACUGUGAGACAAUAUAAUUUAUAUGUAAUAAUAUAUUUUUAAAAAAAUACAUAAACCUCAAUGUUGAAGCUCUUUUAAUGAAUGAUAGACAGUUUUAACACUUUGACAGGAAAAACAACCGUGUUGUCCAAGGGUUUAGGUUUGUAUAUGAACUGUCAGGACAUGUCCCUUCCAAUAUUUUGGGAGGACAGAAUUGUCCCUACCCUAUUUGAGUGAACUUGUUUGCACUAUGUUUGGAGUGAAGUAAUAUUAGAUAAUUCCAAUGUCCCUCCAAAAGGCUAUGUCUCCAAGACAACCGAUUUAGGCAUGCUAGAAUUUGAUUGACUGAAAGGGUGGGGGCUAUCUGAAGGCUCAAGUCAUUUGAGAAUAUCACAGUGGAUACUUAACAUCAUCAGGAAAAUGUCAACUGAUGUUAUUUAACCAUGUUAGCUAGUGUUAACUAGCAAGCUAACCCUGGCUUCUGUCUUUUGUAGGCUAGCAGUGAGGUUGCGAGAAGGAGUAAACCAAAAAAUGGUGGAUAUAUCAAAGUAUGAUUUUAAUUUCUGUUGAAAAAUGCCAUGAAAAUGUCAUCAUGAAUACUAUGACUUAUACCUUUGUAUACGAUAUUAUGCCACGGUAGUGCAGUGGUACAGUGGUUAGAACUGUCACCUCACAGUGAGAAGGUUCUGGGUACGAACCCUGGGCCUGGGGGCCCAAUUGAAGCUUGCAUGGAGUUUGCAUGUUCUCCUGUCUGCGUGGAUUCUCUCCAAGUACCAUGGCUACCUCCCAAAUCCAAAGACGUGCACGUUAGAUUUACUGGCAACUAAUGCCUUAAUAUACUAUGAAAUUUUUAUACCAUAAUAUACUAUGACAUUUUUAUGCCUUACUAUA